AUGAUCUAAUUAUAUAAUUUGAGGAAUGUAAUCACUAUAUCUUAUAUUUUAGGAUAAUAGACAUCUCGUAGUAUUAGACUUGAGAAAUUCUAAUAAAUUAGGUCAAUUAUCAAUGCGAGGAAGUCUUUGUCUACAAUAGAAUAAGAAUGUACAUCUCUCAUAUUUAAGAUACAUCGAUGAAAUCUUAAGUGCUAUAAAUAGAUUUAAUUCAAUAAACAAUAUGGAAAGAAUAGUUAUUGUUGAUGAUGAUAUUUAAGUUUUAUUACAACAAAUCAAACAAAUUGAUAAUCUAAUAUAAAACAAUUAGCUUAAAAAUCUCAAGAUUUUUUACUUACAAGAAACAGUUGAAGAAUUUUAUAAUAAUAUUCUUUUUUUGUAUUUAAAGUCUAAAAUCAAUCAAAUAUUUAAGAUACCUUAUUACUUUUAGUUCCCGUGAUAACUAAUAAAAAACAAAAUAUUUUUGGGCAACAGUAAGAAUUCCCAUUCUAAAAGUUAACUUGAAGUAUAAAUUAACCAAUUUAAAUAGAAGGAAAUUAAACGAUAAAUAUAAGAAGUGUAGUGUAAAUUAUAAUUGCAUCUCCAUAGUCAGUGAUGUUAUGGUGUUAGGUAAGUUAGAUUGCUGAAUAUAAUUUAGGAUGCUCAUUCAAUAACAAACGUUAUGGCUAUUGGAUAUUUAAUGAGUAUCAAAAAUUUGCAUGUUCUUCAUGCUUCGUUAAUAGUAUUUAACUGCGAGGCAAUACAAUAGUGGAUAAGAAUUUUUAUAGCUAGUUGUUGCUUUAAAGCUCUCAAGUUCUCAACAAUAAACGAAUUCAAGUAAAAAAAUGA